AUGCUUCUGCGUAGCUUCUUCUUCACCUUUCUUUUUACCAUCUUUUUUUACUGCCCUCAUAUUUGUGACUCCAUUGAUUCACAAGGAGAAGCUUUGUUAGCAUGGAAGAACACUUUCAACAACACAUCACAAUCUACAGCAUCACUCAAAUCAUGGAACAUUUUAGACCCAAAUCCAUGCACUUGGUUUGGGAUUCAUUGCAACUCACAAAUGCAAGUUGUUUCCAUUAAACUAAAGUCACUAGAUUUGCGAGGAAACUUGCCUUCAAAUUUACAGCCUCUUAAAAACUUGAAUUCACUCAUACUAUCUUCCACCAAUCUUACAGGAGCCAUUCCAGCCGAAUUCGGAGAUUAUCUAGAGCUUAAUGUUAUCGACAUAUCGAAUAAUUCAAUUUCCGGUAUAAUCCCAUCAGAGAUAUGUAAGUUAGUCAAGCUGCAGACUUUGAAUUUAAAUUCCAACUUCAUUGAAGGUGAAAUCCCUGUGGAUAUUGCAAGACUUUCGAGUCUAAGAAACUUGAUUAUAUACGAUAAUCAGUUGAGUGGAUCAAUCCCAAAGAGUAUAGGAGAAAUGAGAAAUCUUGAAGUGAUCAGAGCUGGUGGCAACAGGAAUCUUGGAGGGGAGUUGCCUGUGGAGAUUGGAAAGUGUAGUAAUUUGGUGGUGUUGGGUCUGGCAGAAACCAGUAUCUCAGGCAGCAUUCCGGUGUCCAUAGGCAACCUGAAGCGAAUUCAAACAAUUGCUAUUUACACUUCUCAAAUGUCAGGUAAGAUUCCUGAUGAAAUUGGAAAUUGUAGUGAGCUAAUGAAUCUUUAUUUGCACCAGAACAACAUCACUGGUUCGAUCCCUAGAAGUAUCGGGCAGCUAAAAAAGCUCGAGAGUGCGUUGCUAUGGCAGAAUGGAUUGGUAGGAACAAUCCCUGAGGAAUUUGGAAACUGCACCGAGCUCAAGACGAUUGAUUUAUCAGAGAAUUCGUUAACAGGAAGCAUUCCUGUGAGCUUUGGAAGGCUUUUAAAGCUUCGAGAACUGCAAUUAUCCGUCAACAAGUUAUCAGGUAACAUACCUCCUGAAAUCUCAAACUGCACUCAUCUAACUCAUUUAGAACUAGACAACAAUCAACUGAGUGGCGAAAUCCCGAUUAUGAUUGGAAAAUUACAGAGCAUGACUCUGUUUUUCACGUGGCAGAAUAAUCUAACUGGUAACAUUCCAGAAUCUUUAUCCCAAUGCCAACAUCUUCAAGCUCUAGAUCUUUCAAAUAACCAUUUUUCUGGUACAAUACCAAAAGAAAUAUUUUCACUGAAAAAUCUCAGAAAACUGUUAUUGCUUUCCAAUGAUUUGUAUGGUUCUAUCCCACCCGAUAUCGGGAACUGCACAAAUUUGUAUAGAUUCAGAGUCAGUGGCAAUAGACUCUCCGGAAGUAUUCCAUCGGAGAUUGGAUACUUGAAGAGUUUGACUUUCCUUGACUUGGGCAGUAAUAGAUUUGAUGGAUCGAUUCCUAGAUCGAUAUCAGGUUGUGGUAAUCUUCAGUUUUUUGAUCUCCAUUCUAAUGGAAUCACUGGAGUUAUCCCUGAUACACUUCCUAUAAGUUUACAACUCAUAGAUAUGUCUAGCAACCGGCUCACGGGUUCUUUGACUAGCAGUGUUGGCACGUUAACAGAGUUAACAAAACUUAACGUAGGUAAUAAUCAGCUUUCUGGGGAUAUUCCAGGGGAGAUUAUUUCCUGUACUAAGCUGCAGUUUUUGGAUAUUGGGAACAAUGGUUUUUCUGGUGUAUUACCAAAACAAAUAGGACAAAUUCCGUCACUUGGGAUCUCUUUAAAUCUUAGUUGCAACCAGUUCAUUGGUGAAAUCCCACCGGAGUUCAUUGGGUUGACCAAACUAACAACCCUCGAUCUCUCUCAUAAUAAACUCAAUGGUCGACUAGAUGUCCUUAAGAACCUUCAAAAUCUAGUGUGUCUUAAUGUGUCAUUCAAUGACUUCACCGGACAACUGCCUGACACUUCAUUUUUUCAUAACCUCCCUCCUGCCAGUACUGCCGGAAAUCCGGCACUUUACAUUUCAAGUGAAGUCAAUACACAAAAGGGUCCUGCUGGCCAUACCAGAUCAGCAGCAAAACUAGCCAUGUUAAUCCUUGUCAGUAUUGGUGCAGUACUAGUCCUACUAGGAACUUACAUGUUAGUUCGGGCACAUUUGGCAAGCACAAAACACGACCAUGAAACAUGGGAAAUGACAUUUUACCAAAAGAUGGAUGUUUCAGUUAAUGAUAUAGUUAGAAACUUAACAAAUUCAAACAUUAUUGGGACCGGAAGUUCAGGAGUUGUGUAUAGAGUUACAACCAUGAAUGGGGAAACACUUGCAGUGAAAAAGAUGUGGUCAACCGAGCAAUCGGGGGCUUUUAGGUCUGAAAUUCAGACACUGAGUUCAAUCAGACACAAAAACAUAAUUCGUUUAUUAGGAUGGGGGUCAAAUCAGACGAUCAAGAUUCUGUUUUAUGAUUAUUAUCCUAAUGGAAGCUUGAGCUCGCUUCUGCAUGGAGCUGGAAAAGGAGCCCAAUGGGAGACUAGGUUUGAUAUUCUACUAGGUGUGGCUCAUGCACUUGCAUAUCUGCACCAUGAUUGCAUGCCUGCUAUCAUGCAUGGAGAUGUGAAAGGCAUGAACGUACUGUUGGGUCCUAACCUACAACCUUACCUUGCUGAUUUCGGGCUAGCUAGAGUCGUCACCGAUUACGACAAAGGUCUUUCUAAGCAGAUCCAGAGACCUCAGCUAGCGGGUUCAUACGGUUAUAUGGCUCCAGAACAUGCUUCAGCACAACAGAUUACUGAAAAGACUGAUGUAUACAGCUAUGGCGUAUUACUCUUGGAAGUGUUGACUGGAAGGCAUCCACUAGACCCAACUUUACCAGGGGGUGCACAUUUGGUCCAAUGGGUUCGAGACCAUUUGCAUAACAAAAGGGAGCCGGUGGACAUUCUUGAUUCCAGAUUAAAAGGUCGAGCAGACCCUCAGAUGCAUGAAAUGCUACAGAUGCUAGCUGUAUCGUUUCUUUGUGUCAGCACACACCCUGACGACCGUCCGAUCAUGAAAGAUGUGGUUGCAAUGCUCAAGGAGAUACACCAUGAAGACUCGGUGCGGUCAGACCUAGAGCUAAAACAGGGUCCAUUGGUUCAUAAACCAACUCCACCUUCUACUAGAACCAUGGCCUUACAAGGUUUAUCUAACCACUCCUAUACCUUUCCAGACGAUUCAGUCUAGUGACCUCGGACCCAUAUGUCUUUAUCUAGAAGCUAGAUACUGAUUGAUAAUUUCAGAUUUUUGUGAUUAGAAUUUAAUGCAAAAAACUUAGUUUCUUUAUCUCUUUAUCUUAGCUGAGUCAGCAUCCCAGGACUAAUUCACAUGGGCCCGGGGUCUAAACACCACAUGUACAUGUGAGCUUCACAGGUUUACAGCAAAGCAAUAAAGACUUGGUACUAAACUUAA